AGCAGCCGGUCCCUGGGACGGCACACCUAAGCAGCUCCGAAGAAGUGAGCUCUCCACGGGUUUCUCUACCUCAACGAACGCAGAGUUCUUGUUUAACUUGGCUAGCAGCUUUUAGUGCCGUCGAGAGAAUGCUAUGCUACGGAGUAAAGUGCAACGACAAUCAAGACUGACUAGUGUUUGUUUAUUUAAAAUAUUAACAAUAAUACAAAUGAUAAUUAUAAUAUUAAUUAAUUAAUUAAUUAUAUCCACGUAACGAGAUUGAUUCGUUGACGAUAGUGAAUAUUAUUUUUGGAUUAUGCCGAUUCGGAGAUUAUAGGAUAAAUAAAAUACAUUGUGCCAAGUGGUCUUGUCUAGGUAGUUGAUAUUUGUGAAUUAGAAAUAUUUGAAAAUGCCUUGUUCAGCUGUAACCCUUUCUCUGGCUACCAUCACUGGUAUCAUCGCAUCGGCUCUCUUGGCGAUUGCUUUUUCAACAGACAACUGGCUUUACACUGAGGUCAAGCGAGCCCAAAUACAGCAAUAUGCCGCGAAACACAUAAAGGAACAGAGUUACCUGGUAGAACAGAUGAAUUCCAAAUUCUACUACUACACAAGGACUCAAGGAUUAUUCAGGAUAUGUUAUCCCAAGGAGAGACCUCCGACCGUCGUGACCUACCUGAGCCCCGUGGAGACGCACUGUAUGAAUAUCGACUACUUCAUUCCUGACGAGGAUAACGAAACGAGGAGUUUCUCGGACGACGCGAUAGCCCGCCUUCACAUGGGAAGAUCGGUGAUCGCUUUGUUCAUGGUCGCAUUUUUGGCAAUAUUUUCCGCAUUUUGGACCGGAGUCGUCGGAUGCUGGCGAAGGUCACCAGGGAACAUAACUGCGACGGCGAUAUUGAUGCUGUUCGCCUGUCUUCUGAGCGCCGGAGGUAUGGGACUUUGGCACGGUGUGGAGUAUUACGAAAAGGAGAAGGUCGUAGGCGAAGAAUAUUAUCAGCAAUGGAGCAACGUGUUAAAGGACACGGCUUUAGUGUCCUACGACUGGUCAUACGUCGUGGCUUGGGUCGGCGUCGGUUGGUCUCUUGUCAGCGCGAUCCUUUUCAGCGCGGCGGCCAUUUGCUUGCGGGGAGAACGCUUGCGAGAGGAGGCUAUGAACAUGCAGUACCUCAUGCCUGUUUACCCGCAAAAGCAGCAAUACGCAUACGCCGGUUAUCCCCCACCAGCAGCAUACCCAGGACCGUAUUAUCACGGCUCUCAAUACGGACCUUACAAUUACUGAUUUGAAAAAUAAUCGAUUCAAAUACCCCCCCCCCCGAAAUUUACGUUGCCUGGGAAUUGAUGAGAUGCUUGAUUUUACGAGCUAAAUGACGAUAUAAAGAAAAAAAAAUGAUGAAUGAACUGCGCAAUAAACAAAUUGAAAGGAAUUUAUCAUCGGCAAACUGAUGAGAGAUAAACUUUGGAAUUACAAAACAAAUUGAAAAGAAAUACGAAAGUUUAAAAAACUGCUUGGAGGAAAUAAAAGUAACGAAAUAAAAAUUUGAACAUUCUUAUGAAUUCCGGAAACGGAAUUCAUAUUGCAAUAAAAAUUAAAUUGUUAUAUCUGUAGUAAAGUUAUUGAUACUAUUAUCAUUAUUAUUAUUAUUAUUAUUAUUAUUAUAUUCAUCAUUACGUAGGAAUAAUUGAACGUGCUAAUUAAGUAAGACCCGAAUUAUGCCCGGAAAAUUCAUUUAGUUUGAUUAUUGUUAAUUUAAUAAAAAUAAAAUUGAAUGUAAUUAUUAAGUUAAUCUAUACUUGUGAUUACGCAUAGUUUAUUUUUCUUUUUUAAUUUUUUUUGCUUUAGAUUUUAUUAUGUUUUAUUAUGAAAGUAACUCGUGUGAAUAGAAAUUUGAGUAGAUGUAAUUAAUAAUUAUCGGGCUUAGUUUGGGUUUUAAGAUUCUUUAAUUUAUAUUUUACAUUUUGAUAUACAAUUAGUGACGCGAUUUUAUAAAGUGCGGAUCGAACAUCGAAUAAAUAUCAUUGAAAUAUCAAUCAAGGUGCGGUUGCUCAAAUUUUCUGUAUUAGCGAUUAUUAUAUAAAUUGUUUUCUUUUUAUACUUUAUUAAUGUAAUUUAAUCAUCGUUAUUAUAAUACCGUGUUAUACGUCGGGCGUACAACGAAACGAAGAAAGAAAAAAAACAAAUAAAUCACAGUUUAAAAAACACCCUUGAACAUCACGUUUCAUCAUUGUUAACAUACACCUAGUAUAAUCUUAUUUUGUUGUAUUUUUAUAAAGCAAUUCUUAGUUAACAAAUAUAUCAUUAUGUUACUACCUGAUAUCUAAUUAUUGUGUAUCAGUCGAAUAAAGCGAAAACGAGAAAAAGAA